GAUAUUUUGCGGUUAACCUUUAACUUCAUAAAGAAAAUAUUUUCAAUUGAAUUUUCUCUCUCUCUUUCCAAACACCAACUAGCAGCUGCUCUUCAUCUUCUUCCUCGUUUUGAUUGCCUUUUCCUCCUCCUCAUAAAUUCCUCUUAACAAAACCACCAUCUUGUAGUUGCAUCGCCACCCCUAGUCGCCGGCGCAUCUUCCGACCUCUUCUUCUCCGCCGCUGCUAUUUGACGACAGUGUGGAGAGCCUGAGGUUCGAGGUCAGAACCAAUGUUCAUACAUCAAUACUCCUUUUCAUGUUACCUUUGAAGUAGAACUAAACCAUCAAAAUGGUAUGUCAAUUUAAUUUCAGGGCAAUUGCUACUGUUAGCCUGAGAUUUCCAGCAAUGAACAAUGCCUACUUAUCAAGAUACUGCAGCAUCCCACACAUUGCUGCUGCUACUCCGCUGCCCUCAAAUAGAAGUAUUGUUUUUGAACUGUUUAGAAGCUUUUCUACUUGUAGUCCAUUGGUUGUUGCAACUUCUAGUCCUUUCAUCAUCAAUAACUCCCCAUCUGAUACAACACAACGGUCUGAAGAAUGGUUUGCGCUACGCAAGGACAAGCUCACUACAAGCACCUUCAGUACGGCUUUAGGGUUCUGGAAGGGGACACGCCGAGCUGAACUCUGGAGUGAGAAGGUUUUUGCUUCCGAUUCCAGAAUUCUGGAAGCUUCUGCAAAGCGGGCCAUGGAAUGGGGUGUUCUCAAUGAAACACUAGCUAUAGAGAGGUAUAAAAGCAUUACUGGACGUGAUGUCGGUUUCAUGGGAUUUGCAAUUCAUGCCGAGCAAAGAUUUGAUUGGAUGGGUGCAUCUCCAGAUGGUCUUCUAAGUUGCACUCAUGAGGCAGGAAUACUUGAAGUGAAAUGUCCAUAUAAUAAAGGGAAGCCUGAAUUGGCGUUGCCAUGGUCAAAAAUGCCAUUCUACUACAUGCCCCAAAUACAGGGUCAAAUGGAGAUAAUGGACCGAGAAUGGGUGGAUCUCUAUUGUUGGACUCCUAAUGGGAGCACGAUAUUUAGAGUAUGCAGAGAACGAGGAUAUUGGGAGCUCAUACAUGGAAUAUUGCGCGAGUUUUGGUGGGAAAAUGUAAUUCCUGCUAGAGAAGCUUUAUUAGUUGGUGGGGAAGAAGCAGCUAACUAUUAUAAGCCAGCACCUGUUCAUAAACAAACUGGUCUUGUGAUAAGCAAGAGCAUUAGGUUAGCAGAUGAAGCCAAAUUGUUGUGCAAGGAGAUUGCAGGUCAUAUUGAAUUCUUUACAUAAGUACAUAACACACCUCUGGUUUUUUUAAAAAAAUGAUGAUUUUAUCAUAGAUUUAUACUAUUGUAUAAUCCAAUUUGACAAGGUUUCAGUGCAAAUUUAUAAUUUCUUCGAUUUAGAGUA